GUUGUUGUUUUUCCUUAAAACAGGUACUGAGUAUAAAACAAUAUGAGAGGGUCUCUCUCUUCCCUUAUUGCCAUGUUGGCCAAGCUGGUCUUCAACUCCUGGCCUCAAGUGAUCUGCCUGCCUCGGCCUCCCAAAGUGCUGGGAUUACAGGCAUGAGCCACUGCACUCAGCAGCUCCGCCUCUGCUCUUUAGCCUGCGAGGAACAGUGUUUCUCCCUCCAGAGGCUGCAGCAUUGAAGGCACCAUCUUGGAAGCAGAGACCAGACACUCACCAGACACCAAAUCUGUCACUGCCUUCAUCCUGAGCUUCCCAAGUUCCAGAACGGUAGUAGCUGAAACCAUGUGCUAUGGAUGACAUUGCCAAGGAUCUCACAAACUUCCAGAGUCACCAGGGAGAUUUCUUUUAACUAUAACCCAGGUACCGCACAGGAAACAUCUGAAUCAUCGCACCUAGGGAAGCCUACUCUACAGCUGCCCGGCACUGCCCAGACACAGCCCCUCCACUCUCCACACUCCUACAAAGCCCUCACCUACGGAAUGAGCAGAUAGCAUAUAAAUGUCUCUACCAGCAGUUUGUCUGCUAUGUCUGAGCCUGCGGAGGCUGAAAACGCUGGAAUGAGUUUGGGAAUCCAGAAAACAGAGGCAAGGACUGACUCUGGAAGCACUUCCUUCAAGGGACAAAAAGAAUGAAAGCUGCCUGAGAAGGGAAAGGCCAACGUUAGCCAACAAAUCCUACAUCUGCCUGCCUGAGAAAAACAAGACGAAAAUGCUUCCAAUAUUCAAUUAACCCAGGAUCAAAUCACUGAUUAAGUUAGAGGAGUUUCAAUGGACUACUGAGAGACAAGGAAAUCCAGUCUUCCACUUUCAGUCUCCUCACGUUAUCCUCACUCACCCCAUCUCCCAGGCUGAAAAUGCAAUCAGAGAAGAAGGUGGGAAAUGUUCAUCAGAGCCAGUCAUUGGCCAGACGCUAAUUGCAUCUAGAGUCUGUCCAAUAAGGAAACAGAAAGGAAACAAUCCACAGGCUUAUAAGCUCUGAAGACGCCAGAUUCAGAACUCUCAAGUGGAUGGAGAGGCUGUGCUGAGUUGCUGUCCUGACCUGGACCAAGACGGACACGACUGACCUGCAAGACAGGAGCAGCCAUUCUUAGUUGGCAGUGGUGCUGAGGGAAUCACCCCCACAUCUGGAAAUUUAAGGGCAGCUCCUGAAUACUCACAGAGUCUGGACCCAAGUGGAGAUCUGGCAUCAGGAAAGCGCCCCUCGGACCACAAGUGCAGUUGAAGAAAACUGCUUUAUUGUUCUGUUGAAAGUCUCAGUCGGGAGUAUUUUACAUGGUCAUUAGUAUCCAUCACUUCUUGUAAUUGUGGCCCUUGCUGAGAAAGACAAUGAAAGAGCCCAGCUUGAAUUUGAGUAAAGGAGGAUCUGGUGUCACGGGAUCAGCAGGUGCCCUGUGACCUGCCUCCCCCUGGAGCUGCUUCUAGAGCCAAAGGGAAAGAAGCAGACACAGGCUUGUGAAGUGCUUGCAGGAGACAGAACGCUGAGGAGGCACCAGCUUCUCACUUUCCCUCCUUCCUGGAGGAUCACACCUUCUGCAGGGAGUCUCCCCACACAGAUCCCUCCCUGCACCAUGGCUUUUGCAGCCUCUCUGGCUGAGCUCCAAGCAGAGGCCAGCUGCCCCAUCUGCCUGGAUUACAUGAACGACCACUCACUGUGGGCACAACUUCUGUCGCUCCUGCAUCCACCAGUGCUGGGAAGACCUACAGGAUGUCCUCCUCUGUCCUGUCUGCCUCCAUCACUGCCCUGAUGAGAACCUCAGGAGCAACACCCAGUUGUGCCACAUGACUGAUAUGGUUCAGCAGCUUCUCACCAUGAGAAGCAAGAGGAAACGGCAGGAGGAGGAGCCCCCAUGUGGGAAGCACAGUCAGCGUCUGGCCUUGUUCUGUGAGAGGGGCCUGGAGCUGUUGUGUCCGCAGUGCAGGGUCUCCUCUGACCACCAGUAUCACCGCCUGAUGCCCGUUGAGCAAGCUGCAGCCAGAAACAGGAGAAAGCUCAAAAGCUACAUUAAGCCACUAAAGAAGGAAACUGAACAUGCCAAGAUGCGGUAUGAAGUCCCAAUUUUGAGAUCUCUUAAUGUGAAAAGGAAGAUGGCAACAUGGAGGAAGGAAUUACAAUCUGAAUUUAAAGAAAUUAAGUCUUUCUUGGUAAAGAAACAAGCUGCAAUUCAUGCAAGAUUACUUACUGAAGAGAAGGAUGUUAAAGAAAAACUCACUGAAAACCAAAGACAAAUUUCAGACCACUUAUCCACACUACAGAAUCUCUUAAAUGAAGUAACAGAGAAGUGUUUUCGGGCAGACCUGGAUGUGCUGACAGGUAUUGAGAACAUCUACAACACAUAUGACAACCUGAAAACCCCUGCAGUCUUCUCAUACGAAUCAAAGAAGGAGAGUUUGAGUUUCCCUCCACAUUAUUUUGGCCUGCAAAGAAUUAUAAGCACAUUUCAAGAUUUGAUUCUAGAUCCAGAAACAGCCCACCCUAGUCUUAUUAUCUCAAGAGAUAGAAAAAGUGUGAUAUUUAGGAUAAGGAAGCCACAUUUUACUGAUAAUCCUCAGUCAUUUAGUUUUUACCCAGCUGUCCGAAGCUGUGAGGGAUUUGAUGCUGGGAGACACUUUUGGCAAGUAGAAAUGAGAGGCACAGGUGCAUGCUCCCUUGGUGGGUGUAAACAUUUCCCAGAGAUGGUCUUACAUCAUCAACUCCACAGAUGGGGUGCUGGCAAAUUCAGCCAUUCUGUAGUCCAUGUAGUACAAGGAAUACAGAAGUCCUGCAAAUUGGCGUUUUUCUGGACUAUGAGUUGGGAGAAGUUUCAUUUUAUAAUUUAAAAACCAGAUCAUAUGUGUACACUUUCACUGAUAAGUUUACAGAAAAGCUUAUGCCUUAUUUCUCUAUUGUACCUUUUUCACAAGCUGUUACAAUCAUAUUGUCAUAGGCCAAUGAGGAACUACUUAGAGCAACCUUUGUCUGUGGCUAUCUUUUCUUCCUGUGUUCUUGGAGGGCAUUUGUAAAUAAAGCUUCUGAUUCUA